AAUCCAGCCCGUUUGGGCCUUUUACCCGAGUCGUGUGGGUGCUGCUGAGUUGCUGACUCCUGCCACGAUCCUUUGUAGUCGAGCAAUCCACGUUAAACUUUGCCUCCCCUGCGCGGAUCCCCUCCCAAAUCAUAGCCAUCGUUUUCUCUUGUAGCACCAGAUCCCAACGCCGCAUCCUCUUCCGCCUUGAUCUCUACCUCUGAAGGGAGCGGUAAUGGCGGGGAGGGCCAAUAUCCCGGCGAACAGCUCCGCACUCAUCGCCAUCAUCGCUGACGAGGACACUGUCACUGGGUUUCUGAUGGCUGGAGUUGGCAAUGUUGAUCUGCGCAAGAAAACAAAUUACCUUCUUGUGGAUAACAAAACGACAGUAAAACAGAUUGAAGAUGCAUUUAAAGAGUUCACUGCAAGGGAGGAUAUUGCUAUUGUGCUCAUCAGCCAAUAUAUUGCAAACAUGAUAAGGUUUCUGGUCGAUAGCUACAACAAGCCAAUUCCUGCUAUAUUGGAAAUCCCUUCCAAGGACCAUCCGUAUGAUCCAGCGAAUGAUUCGGUCCUUUCUCGCGUGAAGUAUCUGUUUUCUGCUGACUCAGUUGCUUCUGAUAGGCGAUGAAUAGCAGUUGUGAUUUAAAAAGCAGGGUCAUCCACUUAUUCCAUGUAUCUGUAUUAAAUUAUUCGUACAAUUCUGCUGCGGGCCGGAAAAACAAGAACGAAUAAGGAGUUAACAAUUUGGAUUGGACCAAUUGGUGAAUAUAAUAAAUUGUUUAUUUACGGAA